AACUUCUGGAGGGCAGGCUAGUGGCUGAGGGAAAGGGUAAUGAUCUAGGAUAACACUUUUGGCCACCUCCUGCAUGUGUGAAUGGGUUUGCUACCUAAUUUUAUUGUCUCCCACAUUGAUAUCUGGGUCUUUCUAGCCACUCAGAACUGACCACUAAAGUUCUCCUAAGCAGGGGUGGGGGGAGGUGGGGGUGACUUUAAAUUGCCUGCUUCUGUCCUUAUUUAUAUGCAUACUUGUUUAUGCCACUGCCCCAAAACUUUGAGUUUUCCCCAACUUCUAGCCUGACAUUAUUAUCCCUACUCAAAACAAAUUUUCUUCUCUAGACUAACCUUCCUGUUCUCUAGAUCUUUCAGGAGCUGAGAACAAGGGCUCUCUCUCUCUCUCUCUCUCUCUCUCUCUCUCUCUCUGUGUGUGUGUGUGUGUGUGUGUGUGUGUGUGUGUGUGUGUGUGUGUAGUCUGGGGCGAGCUUUGCAUUGCACCUAUGCCUGAGGAGACCCAAUAACUGUCAAUUAAUAGUUUGUGGAGUAUAUGUGCUCAUUUAUAAAAAAUGCUUUGAAGACUGCAGACUCAAAUAUCAAGCAUUUUUUUAAAAGCUUCCUCCUUAGGAAUUGCAUGAAUAGUAUGGGUAAGAAUCGUAGUCCAGGGCCCAUCUCCUGCGUCUGGGGAAUUUUGAGUUCAGAUUGAUAUUUCAGGGCUCUGGGGUUUUUUUAUCCGUGUUGGGAGAAUGACUAUAGAGAAAAAGGCAGAACCGCAGAACCACAUUAGAGGUACCCUAGCGUAGGUAAUGGGAGACUAAGGGCUCGGUGGCCUAAGGAAUCUAAGGGGCCCAGCCAGAUUAGGGGUGAACCCUGUGAGGGACACUGCUGAGAUUCCGGGAAACAUGUUGAAGAAAGAGGAGCGGAGGGGGCGUGUCUAUGUUUGGCUCUUUCUCUGGUCUCACAUCCUGCCCGCAAUCCCCCGUCCUGGUCGCCAGAGUCGAGGUGCCAUUGCGGGGCGUGAGUGCAGCAGCGGCAGCAGGGCGAGUCGGGCAGGGCCUUUGUGCGACGAGGGGCGGAGGCAGCGAUCCCCGAAGGAGGGGCUGGAGGAGAGGGCGGCGCCCAGGGCCUCCCUCCGCAGCCGCAGCCCCCGCCCCCGGCCCACAGCGGCAGCGUGGCCUCGGUGCGCGUCAGCAGCGGCAGCGGCGGCGGAGGCAGUGGCAGCGGGGUGGCCCGCGCCGGUGUUUAUGUCGGGUCGCGGUAUCUCCCAGCAGCAUGGCGGACUACCUGAUCAGCGGCGGCACCGGCUACGUUCCCGAGGAUGGGCUCACCGCGCAGCAGCUCUUCGCCAACGCGGAUGGCCUCACCUACAACGAUUUCCUGAUCCUCCCAGGAUUCAUAGACUUCAUAGCUGAUGAAGUGGACCUGACAUCAGCCCUGACCCGGAAGAUCACACUGAAGACACCACUGAUCUCGUCUCCCAUGGAUACCGUGACAGAGGCUGACAUGGCCAUUGCAAUGGCUCUCAUGGGAGGAAUUGGUUUCAUUCACCACAACUGUACCCCAGAGUUCCAGGCCAAUGAGGUGCGGAAGGUCAAGAAGUUUGAGCAAGGCUUCAUCACAGACCCUGUGGUCCUGAGCCCUUCACAUACCGUGGGUGAUGUUCUGGAGGCCAAGAUACAGCAUGGCUUCUCUGGUAUCCCUAUCACCGCAACGGGCACCAUGGGGAGCAAGCUGGUGGGCAUCGUUACCUCCCGAGACAUCGACUUCCUCGCUGAGAAGGACCACACCACCCUCCUCAGUGAGGUGAUGACGCCGAGGAUCGAGCUGGUGGUGGCUCCAGCAGGUGUGACAUUGAAAGAGGCAAAUGAGAUUUUGCAGCGCAGCAAGAAAGGGAAGCUGCCCAUAGUCAACGAUCAAGACGAGCUGGUAGCCAUUAUUGCACGCACAGACCUGAAGAAGAACAGAGACUACCCUCUGGCCUCCAAAGACUCCCACAAACAGCUGUUGUGUGGGGCAGCUGUGGGCACCCGUGAGGAUGACAAAUACCGUCUGGAUUUGCUCACUCAGGCCGGUGCUGACGUCAUAGUACUAGAUUCAUCCCAGGGGAACUCAGUAUAUCAGAUCGCCAUGGUGCACUAUAUCAAGCAGAAGUACCCCCACCUCCAGGUGAUUGGGGGAAACGUGGUGACAGCGGCCCAGGCCAAGAACUUGAUCGAUGCCGGUGUGGAUGGGCUUCGUGUGGGCAUGGGCUGUGGCUCCAUCUGCAUCACUCAGGAAGUGAUGGCCUGUGGCCGACCCCAGGGCACUGCUGUCUACAAGGUGGCUGAGUAUGCCCGGCGCUUUGGGGUGCCGGUAAUAGCUGAUGGUGGUAUCCAGACUGUGGGCCAUGUGGUCAAAGCCCUGGCGCUCGGAGCCUCUACAGUGAUGAUGGGCUCCUUGCUGGCUGCUACCACGGAGGCCCCUGGUGAAUACUUCUUCUCAGACGGGGUGAGGCUUAAGAAGUACCGAGGCAUGGGUUCCCUGGACGCCAUGGAGAAGAGCAGCAGCAGCCAGAAGCGAUACUUCAGUGAGGGGGACAAAGUGAAGAUCGCACAGGGUGUCUCGGGCUCCAUCCAGGAUAAAGGCUCCAUUCAGAAGUUUGUGCCCUACCUCAUAGCAGGGAUCCAGCAUGGCUGUCAGGAUAUUGGGGCCCAAAGCCUGUCUGUCCUGCGAUCCAUGAUGUACUCAGGAGAGCUCAAGUUUGAGAAGCGGACCAUGUCAGCCCAGAUAGAGGGCGGUGUGCACGGCCUACACUCCUAUACCUUUCUGCCGUUUACGAGAAGCGGCUGUACUGAGGACAGCGGCGGCGGCGGCCAAGGCAGUGGAGGGGGAGAACCCCGGGGUUCCACUCCGGGAACAGCUCCCCUCCAUAACUGAGUGGUCCAUAGAUUUGCACUACGGGUUCCCCAGCUCCUUUCCAGGGAGAGGAGUGGAGUCCCUGAGGGGACUGUGGCCCCUCUCUGGGCAACUCCACAGAGUCAGGUAGCCCCCUGUGCCAGGCUGCCCCGUGAGAUCUUCUGGGUUCCCCCUUCCUCAGCCCCCUGAGCCCAGUCAGCCUUGGUUCUCAGGCCCUGUGCCUGCCUCAGGUCUUUCUUGCUGCAGCCUGCUCUGGCCCAGUAUCCAACUCUGACCCCUGGGGAAGGUAGCCCCUCCUGGCUUCUCCUAUAGGGCACCUCUCUCUCGCUGCCCCCUUCCUCCCAGGAAAUGGUGCUCUCCUGACCCUGCCUCUGACCCAUCCUUGGAGUGCUGUCCUCUCAGCCAUGUGGCACUGUGGGUUCUGACCCUAGGCCAGGGGGAGGUCUCUGCCCCCUUCCUCUGGCUUGAGGCUCCCAUGGGGCCUGCUCCUCAGCCUAGUUCCCCGUCUCUGAGCCCAGGGAGGGCCUGAUGAUGACCGCCUGCCCUUCAUUCCUGACUCACCAUUGUCCCCAGGUGUACCGUCCCUGCCCUCUCUUCUCAGCUGCAGCUGAAGGCUUUAACUUUGCACACUUUGGGGUCACAAUCGUGUCAUUAUAUAUUAAAUAAUCUGAAUAAAUCAAGCAGUUAUCAAUGCC